AUGAUCCUUUGCCCAUCUCCACAUGGUUGCAUGGGUGGUUAUGAAAUGUCUAAAGCAGUAAAUCCUUAUCCAAAUUAUUCAUCGUAUCAAUAUCAACUCAAUCAACAGCAGCAACAGUACACUUCUCCACAACAACAGCGUUUCCAUCAACCGAUUGAUGAGUUGGAGAUGAGAGCCUUUGCAUCGGGUCUUCGACUCGGUCAACCCAUCAAGCAAUCGAAAACUCUCAACAAU